AUGACAUCAUCUAUGUCGAAGGCUCCACAUGUGGAGAUUAAAUAUACACAGAUUUUCAUCAACAAUGAAUGGCACAAAGCAGUGAACCGCAAAACAUUUCCUGUCAUUAAUCCAAGCACAGGCGAAGAGAUUUGUCGAGUAGAAGGAGGCACUAAGAGUGAUAUUGACAAGGCAGUAGAAGCUGCUCGAAAUGCUUUUCGAAUCGAUUCAGCAUGGCGAAAACUGGAACCAUCUGCACGUGGUACUUUGAUGCGCAAGUUUGCUGAACUGCUUCGACGAGAUAUGCAUAUCUAG